AUGAUCAACACGGAACCCAUUAUCCAAGGCAGAAAAGUCACCCUCUGCCCUACAACCGAAGAUUGGUCUGUGCCCCAACUCGUCAAGACGUGUCCCGAGUGCGGCGCCUUCGUGCUGUUUUGCUGCGCGUGUAACAACAAGUACCAUCAUCUGCCCGCGAGCCGGCGACCCGCGCUACCCUGCCACCACUUCCGCCUCAUCUUCACUGACGGCGCCUGCACCAACAACGGGCAGCCCGAUGCAAAAGCCGGCAUCGCCGUAGCCUUUGGAGCCGCCAAGGACAGCCACAUGGCUAUGCCCAUUGGGGACCGGAUAGACGACUUUCCCAAAAGGUCCAACCAGCGCGCCGAACUGUGUGCGGCAAAAGCCGGUCUCGAGGCUAUCGCCGCCAUGGAUCCUCUGCAUCCCAAGUGCAGAAGUAGUGCCUGGAUUAUCGCCACCGACUCGGAAUAUGUCGUCAAGGGCAUGACUGAUUGGCUGCCCAUGUGGAAGGGGACUCCGCCUUCGAAUUCCGACUUGUUUCUCGCUCUCGACGACUUGGUUACGCUGUAUGAGAAACAUGGGAUUACGAUUGGGUUUUGGCACGUCCCCAGGGAAUGCAACCAGCUCGCUCAUCGGCUUGCGAAAAAGGCUGCCAUGUACGAUGACGAGUCUACAUUCUUCUGA